UGGUGUGGGAACAUCAUUUCCAGCCAGUGAGCACAGGAGUCAGCCAGGCUGGGUGGCAGCGAGCCCGUGGUGUUCUGUGAGUGGUUCCACUGACUUGGCCAUUCUGCAGGAUUUGGCUGGCACUCAGCUCCUUCCCAAGGGAGCACUGUCCUGUUCUCAGUGGUCUUAGCUUAUCCCCUAGUGGAUGGCAGCUCACAGCACAGAGCGGCCCGAAGAUGCGGCAGUCGCUGGGUGCAGCAGAACCAGGAGAGAAGGGCACAGAGAACACGAGCCAGGCACCCAGCCCAGCCCCUGCAGAGCUGGAAAUAAGGUUCCUUCAGAUCCUCCUGCUUCCAAGAAAACCAAAAUAGACGACUCUGCUUCCCAAUCUCCAGCUUCUACUGAGAAGGAAAAGCAGUCCAGUUGGUUACGGUCCUUAUCCAGUUCAUCUAAUAAGAGUAUUGGCUGUGUCCAUCCCCGUCAGCGUCUCUCAGCUUUCCGGCCCUGGUCCCCUGCUGUAUCAGCAAAUGAGAAAGAGCUCUCAACCCAUCUUCCUGCAUUGAUCCGAGACAGCAGUUUUUACUCCUACAAAAGCUUUGAGAAUGCUGUGGCCCCCAAUGUGGCACUCGCACCUCCUGCCCAACAGAAAGUUGUGAGCAAUCCACCCUGUGCCACAGUGGUGUCCCGGAGCAGCGAGGUGCCCAGCAGCACCGCACAGCCACGGAAAAGGAAACAUGCUGCAGAGACCCCAGCUGUCCCAGAGCCAGUGGCCACUGUUACUGCCCCUGAAGAGGAUAAGGAAUCAGAAGCAGAAAUUGAAGUAGAAACUAGGGAGGAAUUCACCUCCUCCUUAUCCUCGCUCUCCUCCCCAUCCUUUACUUCAUCCAGCUCUGCAAAGGACAUGAGCUCACCUGGGAUGCAAGCCCCAGUCCCAGUCAACAGUUCAUAUGAGGUUGCAGCACAUUCUGACUCUCACAGCAGUGGGUUGGAAGCUGAGCUGGAGCACCUAAGGCAGGCCCUGGACAGUGGCCUAGAUACAAAAGAAGCCAAAGAAAAAUUCCUCCAUGAAGUUGUUAAAAUGAGAGUGAAGCAGGAAGAGAAGCUAAAUGCUGCCUUGCAAGCCAAACGCAGCCUACAUCAGGAGCUGGAGUUCCUAAGAGUGGCAAAGAAGGAGAAACUGAGAGAAGCAACGGAGGCAAAGCGCAACUUAAGGAAAGAGAUUGAACGUCUGAGAGCUGAGAAUGAGAAGAAAAUGAAGGAAGCCAACGAGUCUCGGAUACGGCUAAAGAGGGAGCUGGAACAAGCCAGGCAGAUCCGGGUUUGCGACAAGGGUUGUGAAGCUGGCAGGCUUCGGGCCAAGUACUCUGCCCAGAUUGAGGACCUACAAGUUAAGCUUCAGCACGCAGAGGCUGACAGGGAGCAGCUCCGAGCUGACCUGAUGCAUGAGAGGGAGGCUCGAGAACACUUGGAAAAAGUAGUCAAGGAACUUCAGGAACAGCUGUGGCCUAAAUCAAGCAGUCAAUCCAGCAGUGAAAACACAACGAGCAACAUUGAGAAUUAAAACACCACGUCGUCUAACACAGACAGAAUGACAUAUAUGCACAGUAAGGGAGGAUGUGUGGGGUACGUGUGUAAGUGCAUGUGUGAGUAGUUGUGUCUUAACACACAGAUCUAUGAAUAUGGAUUCUUAUUAGUUGGAAGGCAAAUGUUACUCUUUAUAACAGAAGCACUGAAUUACGCCUCUUUUGUUUUUUUCCAAUCCAUAUAGCACAACAUCUUACUGUGCCUAUAAAACACAAAGUGUUUAUAAACAAAAUACUUUUAAGUCCACAGCAAAUUUUCUACUGGCAAACUCCAAGCAAGCAGCAUCGUCCAACUAGAAUCAGAGUAAAAGGCAAGCAUGGCAGUGUUUUUAUGUUGCCCUUCUGCCUGUUGGAACAUUUUGGAAUUUAAAAACAAACUUUUCUUAUAAGCUAUUUAAAGUAAUUCAUUACACAGACUUGGUAUUAAAAAAUUAACAAGAUUUUUUUAUAAUGAACCUUUAAAAGCAAAACAAAAACCUUCGAUGCACAAUUUUUAUGACUUGUUAAAGGCUUUGGGAUUCUUAAUGCAGAAGCCCUUUGGUGAUGAUGCCAUUUCAUUAGCAGUUUUCCAGCCGUCUAGGAAGCCAUCACAGUUUUAAUCCUGUCCUGUGGUUGUAUGAGAAUUUCAGAGUGCUUUUCAAAGUUGAUUUUUUCCUUAGAAACAAUCACCUUCAUUUCCUGUCCUGAACACAAGAAGAAAGGAAGAUGCAGGAUUGUAAGGGCGUGGGGGAGGGCAGGAAGAGAAGAUGGACGCUUCAGAACUAUAAACCCAGCCUUACAGACUUCAGUGUUUCAAAUCACACCAUAUUUUCUAACGACAUCUUCAUUAAUCAAUGUGUUCAAAAGACUCGCUUCAUCCAAGAGCACUUCAGCUUUAGGAAAAGAAAGAAGUAAAGGAAGGAAAUGGAUGAUCUGUUAAGUUGGUUGAGAAAUAAAGCAGAAGAUGUGUUUUGAAGUCAUUCUGAAAUCCUCGCGUCAGCUCUCUGGAAAACUCAUCUUUGUUGCACCAUCUUACCAUAGAAUUCAGUAUUUACCUACUUUUAUUCUGAACUGUUUGUCAGGAUUUCUGUGCCCAAGGAGAGUGCAACAUCGCAUUAUUGGAUACUACAGAAAAGAAGAACGACAUUUUUGCUGCUGUGAAUAAGCCUACAUCUUUUCUAAAAGAAAAACUUCUGUUUUUAAAAAUAGAAAUUACUUUAAUUUUGGGAUCCAAGCCGCAGCCCCGGAAUAAAAAUGCAGCAAACCAUCACUUUGUCUUACUAUUAUUGUUAUUGUCGUCGUCGUUAAUUUUUUUUAAACUGCACUUUGUCAGAACAUUACUCUGCAUUUUAUUCCAUAUUUUGAAAGUUUACAAGUUAAGCAUUCUCGAUUCUACUCUGCAGAUGUUAAAAUCAUCACCACCAUUUCCACCACGCGACACCUCGCACCGUCGUUCCCACGUGUGCAGGAGGAGAACUCAGUGGGUACAGAAUGCUACCAAACACAAAGUCAGCAGAGCAGCGUGCUGCUGGUUGGGUUUCACAGCUGUGUCUGUCGAGGCUGGGAAGUGCUCAAAUAAGUUGGUGCUUUACUGAAUGAGAGAGAAGUUAUUUUCACCCACACACACUCACCUCUGAUACACUCAAGCUCAGUGAAAAGUUGAUCUGGGGCUGCAGUUGUGCCUUCCAGCUCAUUUUUCCUCUCAGCAUCUUCUAUAGGCAAUGCUGACAUUUAAAA